GGAAGGAAAGAAGGAAUUAAGAGAAAGGGCGUAUUGUAUUGUAGGCAGGCAGCAGCUGAGGCUGAGCGACCGUCCCCCGACGCCGACGCCGACCCCCGUCUCGUGAGGGAGGGAGGGUCAUCGCCAUCGAAUCCCAAAAAAUCACCCGCCGCCGCAUCCUCGAAUCCAAUCAUUCAAUCAAGGAGGAGGAGGAGGAUUUGGAUUUGGAUUUGGAUUUGGAAUUAGGGUUAGUGAUUCCCCAUUUUUUUGAGGGCAAUCGAUCGAGCUUAGCUAGGGUUGGAUGCGAUGACGGCGGCGGCGUCGUGGUCCCGGUCGGUGACGGAGACGGUGCGGGGGUCUCACCAGUACACGGUGAAGGGGUUCUCGAUGGCGAAGGGCGUAGGGGCCGGGCGGUACGUGAGCAGCGACACCUUCGCGGUGGGCGGCUACCACUGGGCCGUCUACCUCUACCCCGACGGCAAGAACCCCGAGGACAACGCCAACUACGUCUCCGUCUUCGUCGCCCUCGCCUCCGACGGCGCCGACGUCCGCGCCCUCUUCGAGCUCACCCUCCUCGACCAGUCCGGCCGCGGCCGCCACAAGGUCCACUCCCACUUCGACCGAUCCCUCCAGGCCGGACCCUACACCCUCAAGUACCGAGGCUCCAUGUGGGGCUACAAGCGCUUCUACCGAAGAUCACUCUUAGAAUCAUCCGACUUUCUCAAGGACGACUGCCUCGUUAUGAACUGCACUGUAGGCGUCGUCAAGAACCGUCUCGAAACACCAAAGAACAUCCACAUCAAUAUUCCUCCAUCCGACAUGGGCCGUUGCUUCAACAACCUCCUCAAUCUCCGCAUCGGCUGUGACGUAUCUUUUGAGGUGGGUGAUGAAAGAGUCCAGGCGCACAAGUGGAUUCUUGCUGCCCGCUCCCCUGUAUUCAAAGCCCAAUUCUUUGGUCCUAUUGGGAAUCCUGACCUACACACAGUCAUUGUCGAGGAUGUAGAACCUCUUGUCUUCAAGGCAAUGGUGAAUUUCAUAUACUCUGAUGAACUUCCUAGUAUUCAUGAACUAGCUGGAUCUGUCUCAACUUGGACAUCGACAGUAGUAGUACAGCAUUUGUUGGCGGCUGCUGACAGAUAUGGACUAGAUCGGCUACGUCUGCUAUGCGAGGAAAAGUUAUGUGAUGAACUCACUGCUGAAACAGUUGCAACAACUUUAGCCCUAGCUGAACAACAUCAUUGUACUCAGCUGAAAUCUGCUUGUCUGAAGUUCACUGCUGUUCGGGAAAAUCUGGGAGCUGUGAUGGAGACAGAAGGAUUUAAUUACUUGGAGGAGACAUGCCCGUCCCUGCUAUCUGACUUGUUAGCUACUGUCGCAGUAGUGGAUGAUGAUGCUGCGUCAUUCAACCGGAAGAGGGGAGUCGGUGGUAACGAAGGAGCGAAUCCUGUGGAGAGCGUGGAGGCUAGUGAUAGGCGCAUCCGCAGGAGGGUUUAGCCGGGUUAGAACUAAUGUAGGCUUUCUUCUUGGUUCCUCCUCUCUAUGCUUGCCAUCAACUGUACACUAUGAUCGUAGUUUGUGUGAUGUGCUGUCAUGUUAUUAGUGGUGAAAGUUUAAUUUGGACACCGUUAACCAACCUCUUGCCGUGUGAAUAAUUUCCUAUUUUGACUACGCCGUUUCGCAGCAGAGAUUUUAACCUUGCCAGUGGAUUGGAUGUUAUGAUUGGUAUCUGCUGAUUAUAUGUGGUGUUAGCAUUUCAAUGGAUGCCAAUUUGCAAUGCU